AUGACGUCUCCACGCAGUCCAAUACUAACUCCUUGGAGUCCCGUCCUCGGCCCAAUGCCCGCAAUCAUAGAAGACUAUCUUUCCGACCAGAACCUCGGCCCGCACACCUCUCAAUCUCUUUAUUCACCACGAAAAGCCAAGCCAACCACCCAGCUUUCUCUUGAAGUUCCUGCAUCCAACAAAUAUUCUUCUUCCGCUGCUUCGUCCGUGAAAAGUUCCAACGGGAUAUCAACAAAAAUUGACGUGGCUAGUGAGACAGAGGAAGAAGUCUUGAAAGAGCGAGAAGGUGGGAGUGUGGAUGAGAUAUUGAUUAAUUUGAUGAAUAGAUCAAGUGGAGGGUCUUCAAGUGGAAAGGGAAAGGGUAUAGAUAUAUUGAAUGGAGAGGAGCAAUUAUAUUUCACCGCUGAGCCUGAAAGCGAGACUCUCCAUGAAGGCGUGUUUUACGGGAACAACGUUGAUAAGGGAGCGGAUUCUGAUUCAUCAUGCGAACUGACAUCUGGACUUUUAACCUCUACACCGGACGGUACCAUCUCGCGAGACUUGUCUGUAGUGUCCAUGGACGAUGAAUAUUCCGGAUAUCGUCGGAAAUACAGUCAUGAAGAUCCGCAGUCUGCAAAAUGGGCGAGACAUAGAAAACACUUUUUUAUUUUGAGCAGUGCUGGUAAGCCCAUCUAUACGCGUUAUGGCGACGAGUCGCGAAUAUCUCCCUACAUGGGCGUAGUACAGGCAAUCGUAUCAUUCUUUGCAGAUGGAGAUGAUUCUAUAAAAUGCAUAAAUGCAGGACGUCAUAAAUUGGUAUUUUUAUUGAAAGCGCCGUUGUAUCUUGUAGCUGUAUCGCGUACGAAUGAAUCUGAAUCCCAGUUGCGCAAUCAAUUGAGCUAUCUAUACAAUCAGAUAAUCUACGUGGUGACAUCCGCUCAUUUAACCAAGGUAUUCGAACAAAGGACUAAUUUUGAUUUAAGGCGAUUAAUUGCAGGCACGGAGGUGUUCUUGGAUAAUCUAUCUUCUACUAUGGGUGAUGAUUUAGGUUUCUUGUUUGGGUCUAUUGAGUGUAUGAGAAUGAAUAAAGAACUAAGAGAGAAAGUAGCCACUGUUGUACAAAGUAUAAAGCGCAAGGAACUUUUAUAUGCAAUGUUAAUGACGGACAAUAAGCUUAUUACUCUACUUAGACCACGUAAACAUAGCCUUCAUCCGAGUGAUCUGCACUUAAUCUUCAACAUGGUGAAUGGAUCAUCUGCAUUCCAGGCAGUAGAGUCGUGGAUCCCGUUAUGUCUGCCGAAAUUCAACAGCAAGGGCUUCCUACACGCCUAUGUCAGUUACAUAACGUCUAAUGUAUGCCUACUCUUGGUAUCGCCUGAUAAAGGCAUGUUUUUCGAGUUGGCAGAGGCAAAGUCGGUUGUUGUUGAGAAAUUAACCCUGGAUGGCACAUUGACGUUCGUUGAAGAAAUAGCUCGGAACGAUGGAUACGCAAUUGCCGAUAUUGGUGCGCCUGCAUUGCGACAUUUCCUAUAUAAAUCUAAACCACACGUACAGCACACAAUGCCCAUGUUCACACCGCCAUACGACAAUCCUCGAGAGAGAAGAAG